AUGGCUUCGGGGUUAUUUCUUGGUGUUGCUUCUGAUCUCGUGGGAACAUUGUUGGAAAACUAUUUAGUGAAUCCAAUCGUAGAUCGUAUUCGUUACUUAUUUCUUUUUCGUAAGACUGUUCAAGAGCUGCACCAAAAAAAAUGGGAUUUGGCUGCAAAAGAAACUCAAAUGAAAGAAGACGUUGAGGAGGCUAAAUUGCAUAUUCAAAGUCAAGUAAUCAACGACGGAGUACGUGAAUGGCUGACAAAGGCAGAAAACUCCCUAAAGGAUGAGAUUAAGAAUAAAAUAUUGGAAAUAGCUGAUCUCAUAGAAGAGUACUCCAAAUUUAAUCGACUCGGCCAUCGUGCCAAGCUUCCUAACUUAGAUUUGGUCACAUCUAAGAAUCAUGUGGAUUUAAAAUCUUCGGAUGCUGCUUUGAAGAAGAUCAUGGAGGCAUUGAAGGAUGAUAAAGUAAAAAAAGUAGGGGUGUGGGGGAUGGGAGGGGUGGGCAAAACCACCUUAGUCAAAAAAGUGGGAGGUGAAGUCAAAGGAUUUGAUCGAGUUAUAACGGUCACUGUGUCUGAAACUGUAGACAUUGAAAAAAUACAAAACAAAAUUGCAGAAGACUUAGUCUGGACUUUUGAGAAGAAGACUGAAGGCGGCAAAGCAGCAGAGUUAUGGAAUAACUUGGCUGGUGGAAAGUUUCUUGUAAUCCUCGAUGAUCUAUGGAACGAGUGGAAUUAUAAUGAUGAGGAUUUGAAAAAGAUAGGUAUUCCAUUGGUUGAAAAUGACAAGGGUUGCAAAAUCAUCUUGACAACACGCAACUACAAUGUUUGCCAACAUAUGAGUUGUGAGGAGAUAGUUCAUGUGAAUGUUUUGGAAGAUGAUGAAGCAUGGACUUUGUUCGAAAUGAAUGCAGAUCUCAAGAAAGCUGAUUCGCGUGUUAUUGGGGAGGCUAAGAAAAUUGCAAAAGAAUGCAAGGGCCUACCUUUAGCUAUUGUAACACUAGCAAGGGCUUUGAAAGGUAAAGCUCUUGAUAGGUGGAAAGAUGCACGAAAGAAACUUGAAAGAAGUGGAUUAAUGGAGAUUCCAAACAUUCAAAAAGUGAGAGAGAAAAAGGCUUAUAUAUCUCUUAUGAUCAGUUACGAGCAUUUGGAGGAUAAGAUGGCCCAAACAUGUUUCUUAUUGUGUGCAUUAUAUCGAGAAGAUCACUCAAUUAAUGUGGAAGACUUGGUGCGAUAUGCUUGGGGUUUGAACUUAUAUGACAAGGCUAAUUCGAUUGAAGAAAUGAGAACUCAAGUCUCGAAUGUCAUCGAAUACCUCAAAAAUUGUUGCUUGUUAGAAGAUGGAGAUGUUGGAAGGUAUGUUGAUCGAGAUGAAAAUUUUGACAAGUAUGAUUCUGGCAAAGCUGCACACACACAUAUAUAUAUAUGUGUGUCCAAAUUAUCACUUCCAUGA